UUACAUCACGCUACAGACACAAGCAAAUUUUUUUAAAAAUACGAGAAGCAAACUUCUGUCUCAUACAACCGGGUGAAAUCGCGAUGAAAUUGAGCGAAAGAAACGAGAAAUAAUGUAAAUGUUGGCAGAUUGACAGCCACAUUGAAUUCGGUGAUAAGUGGGGAUUGACAAUGUGGCGAGUAUACAACGAAGAUUUUACACGCUCACCAUCUUGUGAAACGUCUUGACACGUAGUUCAGUUAUCUUUAUACGUUUGAAAAUUAUAUUAUUCAAUACUAAUUAACACACUCGUACCUAGUAAAAAAUACCAUAUGAUUCGGAUUAAUCAAAACACCUUAACUAUUACAGUAUCAAUAAUUUUUUGUACUAAAAUUAUUGAAAUUUAAGUUAACGGACGUCGAUGCGAGACGAAAUCUAUAACUAAAAGUCGCUCACAUUUGAACGAGGCAUAAAUGUUCUUAUUUAACGCUUAAUUAAGUUUUGCUAAAUAUUUAUAAUAUAGAAAGCGUGUAGAUUGUCGCGGGACUUAGAGACUUGAGUUUAUUGCGCACCGAUACUGUCAAGUGACCAAAGAUUAAAGAAAAGUGUCAUCCUGUAAUAGUUUAUUUCUCUGAUUGAUACGUAUUAGAGAGAAGAAUGGAAUAUCAUCCGAUAAAUCCGGAAAUUGAUAAGCCUCCUCCGUAUUCGGUAGCUACUGCUCCUGCUGCACCUCAAGGACCUAUUUCAUGGCAACCACCUCCUGGGUAUUAUCCAAGCUCUGGUGUACCGUAUCAAGGAACAACUACAUAUAUUGCUCCGUGUGAAAUUAUUCUUGUGGGUGCAUGCCCAGCGUGUCGGGUAGGUCGACUUGAAGAUGAUUACACAUGUCUAGGGCUUCUUUGUGCAAUACUUUUCUUUCCGGUUGGUAUACUCUGCUGCUUGGCGUUAAAAAAUCGACGCUGCUCCAAUUGUGGAGCUUACUUUGGUUGACCAUUGCUGAUUAUCUACAUAUUUACUACACUGGUAUUUAGUGCUAUACAUUCAUGUUGUUGGAUAGUGCAAAGCUCUCAAUAUAAAAUGAUCAAGUUCUGUUUAGUCAAUCAGUAUCUAUUCUUUAUUCCAAGCAUUGACACUAUCGAAUAGUCACCAAUAAAUAUAGUAAAGUUAAUCAUGUACUUUGAAACUUGCAUAGUGAGAAGAUAUGACAAGGAUGCAGAUAUGUUUUUAUAUGUCCCUUUGUGGAAUAUAGAAUAGUGUAUAAUACUAUAUGGAAAAUUUAGUAUAAUGUACAAGAAACAAUUUUCUUUGUACAUUAGAAUUCUAACGUUUACUCAAAUAUUCUCAAACUGAUAGUAAUCCCAAGGAUUUUUUUAGUAAUAUAUCAUAGUAACUAUAUUACAUUAAUUGAUCAUGAUCCAGUAGUAUGAUAAUCUUGUAAUUCUACAGUUUUCUUAUGGCCAGUACUUAGUAAUCAACUGCCACUAUCCUUCACCUAAUUGUUUAGAAAUAGUGAAAGGAAAGUUUGGUAUGAAUAGAUAAUUAGUCAUUAUUUUGAAUUUAAUAACGUUGGUUAUAAUCGUACUUCAUAUGAAAGGUCAACAAAAUCACUGUAUGAGUGAAUAAGAUUUUGGUUUUAACUUUACAACUUUAUUCUCAUGUCACUAUCUGCUUCAAAUGACAUGGAAAGUUUCAAUGUCAGUGCUAAUAUUUAUCAACUCAUGUUAUCAGAAAUAGGCUUGAAGAUUUGAUAAACGUACCAGCAAAUGUAAAAUACUAGUUUUACUCUAACAAUGAGAAAUUGGCACAAUGUGGAAUCUCUUGGUGCUAAAAUUAAUGAUUGUAAUUAAUAUUCAUAAUGAAUAUAAAAUUUAAAGUCAACGGUAAUACAUGUGGAGAAAAAUUAUUAUUUGACUGAAUCAUACGCUUGAAAAUUACAAGCAGACACUAAUGUUCCCAUUGCAAAAGAUAUUAAAAAAUAUUUUCCGCCUUAUCACGUUUCCUGUUAUUCGAAUUGCAAUAUAAUCAAAUACUAACAAACCGUUAUUUCAAAAUAGCGCUUAACGAAGAGGUGCAAUCAAACAAAAUAAAAGGCCUGUGAGUCAUGCUCACUUGACGCUGUGCGUUUAACUGUAGCAGAAAGUGAUAUAAACGCGUACUGCUUGACAUUAUAUAAAUUAAAAAUUUUUCCUAAUUGAUUAUAAGUAAAUUUAACGGCGGUUCUAUGAGGUCUCGUUUGAUGUAUCAUAUAAUAUACGUAUAAGAUAAGAAUUUUCUACGAAUACAAAUCUAUAAAUACAGUACUUCUUGUACAUUGUUUUCUUAUAUCGAUAAAUAUAAUAUAUAUAUUUUACCGUAA